ACCUAAUUAACCGGUCCACAAAUGUAUUUUUAAACAGGCGACUCGGACGUUUUCUUUGGCUCUUUCCCAACACGUUGAAUAGUAAAAAGAGUGAAGAGUUAUAACUAGAUUAGCGUAUUACGAUGCAUUGAAUGUGGUGCCCUGACUUUACUUUUAUCACGUUAGAAACUCUAUAAAACGGCCACUUUGGAGAAAGAUGGGUUUGCGAAUUGCAGUUUUAAUGUGUUGUUUAGUGACAUUUAGUCACAUGUCCAGUGCUAAGGACCGCGUGAGAAUUGCAUUUUUCGAUGAAAAUCAAGAGAAUAUCGCCUACUUGGACCUGCUAAAUGAAGAUCUAGAUGAGCGAGUAGAAUUGAUAUUGGAUAAUUCUGAAACUUCUGAUUUACACAAAUUGUCUAACAGCGACAUACUCGAUGCCAAAAGAAAAUUUUGUUCGUUCAUCGAAGAUACCAACGAUGGACACUUAGGAGCCGUAAUGGCACCCAAAUCUCAAACUGUUUCGUCUAUCUUAGAAUCCAUCAGUGCGUAUUUAAAUAUUCCCUAUUUAAUUACGUCAUGGAGACCUAGGAGAGACUUUUCUCCUGAAAAUGUAUUUAACUUGUAUCCGGAUACAGACUUGUUUUCCAGAGGUCUAGCAAGACUUAUUGAAUCUUUUGACUGGAAAGAAUUUGCAAUUUUAUACGAAGACGAUGAUGGACUUCUAAGAUUUCAAGAUACACUGAAGAUUCAAAAAUAUGACAAAGACAUUUCAAAAAAUAAAAUUCUAAUACAAAAAUUGGAUAGUUCAGGAAAUAACAGACCCAUUUUGAAAAGGUUAAAACAGUUAUCAGUUAACCGAAUUAUUAUCGAUUGUCAUGCGGAUAAGAUUAUGGAUAUUUUUCAACAAGCCCUAGAUGUGGAUCUGCUCGCUGACGUCUCACGGAGUUUUUUUUUAACCUCAUUGGAUGCCCAUAUGUUGAAUCUUGACGAACUUAAAUCUAACGUUAAUAUAACUACUUUAAGAUUAUUUAAUCCUCAUGAAGAAAGUUUUAGGAAUAUUGCUAAUAAGUACUUUCCGAAUAUUCCUUAUAACAAAAUUACGGUCGAAAAAGCAUUAAUGUUAGAUGCGUUACUGGUUCUGACAUACUGCAUAAAUGAGCUUAAAGCACAAAAUACUGAUUUUGGGUUUCGAGAAGUGAAUUGUGGAGCCAACGAGAAAUAUACAGAUGAUAUAGGGCUGAUUAGUAUGAUGCAACAGAUUGAACGUUCUGGCACUCUAACCGGUCCGAUUUCGUUUCAAAAUGGCAAACGAGAUAAAUUUGUGCUGGAGGUAAUUGAAACUCUCAAUCCCUUGAGUCCAAUAGGAAUAUGGAGAUCGGAGAAUCCCGAUAAAGUCAUGUUGACAAGAAAUGCAACUCAACGUGAAGAAGAAACGAUGAGAAGGCUUAGAGCUCACAAUUUUAUUGUAACUUCCAAGCUUGGAGCGCCAUACUUAUAUUUAAGUGAUAAGCCAGAUGCCUAUAAGAACUCAAGAUUUUAUGGAUUUUCUAUGGAUCUAAUAACAGAAAUAGCCAAAGAAAAGAAUUUAACUUUCGAGUUUAAGAUAACGGAGGGCGGUAGCUAUGACAGCUUAAUGAAAGAUUUAGAAGAAAGGAGAGCGGAUUUGGGAAUUUGCGAUUUUACUAUAACACCACAACGAAGGGCAACUGUCGACUUCAGUAUGCCAUUCAUGAAUUUAGGUAUUAGUAUUUUACACAAACAAACUACCCAGGUUGAAGUUGAUAAUAUGUAUGCAUUCAUGAGGCCGAUUUCAUGGAAGGUUUGGUUUUAUAUGACGUUUCUCAGUUUUGCCAGUUCACUCACAAUGUUCAUCGUUGCCAGAAUGGCACAACGCGAAUGGGAAAAUCCAAAACCAUGGGACCCCGAAUCAAAGGAGCUUGAAAAUAUUUGGACAGUGAAAAACUUUUUAUGGCUGAGCUUGGGGUCGAUUACUGCCCAAGGAUGUGAUAUUCUACCAAAGGCAGUGCCAACAAGAGUUAUUGCUGCAUCCUGGUGGUUUUUCUCUUUGAUCAUUAUGAGUUCUUAUACUGCCAACUUAGCUGCUUUCUUGACAAUGCAAAAAAGGGAUUUUACUAUCGAUUCAGUGGAAGAACUGGCUGCUCAAUCGAGAGUGAAAUACGGUUUGCUUGAGAAUGGAUCAACACAAACGUUUUUCCAGACCUCAAACAACCCACUUUACCAAAAAAUGUGGAGUACUAUGAAGAACGAAAAACCAUCGGUUUUUGUAUCAGGCAACCUAUCUGGAGUUGACAGAGUUUUAUCAACAAAAAACGCACUUUACGCUUAUUUCAUGGAAUCAACUGGAAUUGAGUUUGAAAUGGAACGAAAGUGUGAUUUGCGAAGAAUUGGAGGCCUGCUAGACUCCAAAUCCUAUGGAAUAGGAAUGCCGCUAAAUGCUGACUAUCGGCACACUAUAAACAGCGCAAUUCUGGUUUUACAAGAAAGUGGAAAAUUGAUGACAUUAAAGGAAAAAUGGUGGAAAACAGAAAGGGACGGCGAACCAUGCAACAGGGUCGUAGAAGAAGAAACUGAUGCGCUGGCUUUAUCAAACGUUGGCGGAAUCUUUAUUGUGCUCUUGGUAGGAAUCGGCCUAGCCUAUGUUAUUGCACUAUUCGAAUUUUUGUGGAAUGUUCGACAACUGUCUAUCGAGGAACAGCUCUCAUACAUGCAGACGCUAAAAUGCGAAAUAAAAUUUGCAUUUAGAAUAUUCGAGAAAAAGAAACGAGUGAAACCAGUUCCGUCGGAACCGUCUGCUUCCACUAACUCAGUUCCGGUGCACAAUUUCGACCAAAUGAGCGUGACAAGAAGCGUCUUUAGCAAAUCAGCCACUUUGCUAAAUUUCAGUACAGAACCUGACAAUGUGCUGAGACACCGGCGAAGAAGAUUUUCAAGAAUUUCUCGCACCAGUAGCCAUUUGAGAUCUCAAUAGUCGUUUCAACUAAAAUAUUUAUAUAUUUUUUGUUACAUAUAAAGUGCUAUCAAAUAAAAUUCUAGUCGAA